UAAAGGUGAGGCGCGGAAGACUCUCAACUCUCCUCUGCAGCAUCUCUCCACAUCUUCAUCGUCAUGUCUUGCACGCGUUACGAGGGCAACCCCUUUGAGGUCGGGCAGACACUGAAGGUGACAGCAGUACCCAAGGACGGUGCUAAAUUCUUUCAGGUGGACAUCGGCAACGAUAACGGAGAGGUCGUCCUACAGAUUAACCCACGCUUCAAUGACAAGAAAGUGUCCUUCAACACACAUACAGGUGGCGAGUGGAAGGAAAAUAAGGUCUAUGAAGAAGGGUUUCCAUUCCAGCACAAGGAAGAGUUUACUAUCACCGUCCUUUUCAAACCCAACGAGUUCCUGGUGACCUUACCAGGUGGCCCCAAAAUCCAAUACCCCAAUUACUUGGGCAAGGAGAAGUACACUUGCCUGGCCGUCAAUGGAGAAGUUCACGUCAAUAAGAUUGGAAUAAACUAAAGCUCCACCCUCAUCACAGCCACUGAGAAUUAACAGCUCAGCUUUUAGACUUGUGAACAAAUGUAAUAAAGUUUGUUUCAAAAA